UUCCUCCCCCCAGGGUACAGAAGGCUCUUUUCCCCCUCUCUUCUUAUGAGAAAUAUCCCUCUUUUGUGUGCUUAGGCUCAUUGCUGAGGCAUCUCAUUAGCACAGGCACUACACCGCCCUGGUGUGCCCCACUUCACCCACCUUUCCUGCCUCAAAUGAGGUCUCAGAAACUACCUCCACCCUCCCGCCUACAAAGUUUUUAGCGCCCAGCUGACACACAUACCAGUCCCCUGUGCGGAGUCUGAAGGCAGCUCUUUAGAGAUGUGCUGCUUUGUGCCAGAGGGUGAACACCCACUUACCCAGCUUUCUACUGUAUGGCACCCUAGGGAACAUGUGUUAGCAGGGCAGGCUGCUCAAGGAAGAGACCAGAAAUGAGAAUGUAAGGAAUGUUAGCUAAACACAAAUGGUGGGCCACCCUGCAGAUUGAGGAGGGAGUAAAAAAGCAGAAGGCGAUGGCACCUGAAAAUUUAAUCUCCACUGGGAUCAUCCAGAGAGAGAAAACCUCCAUGGAAGAGGAGCUUGCUGGCCAGCGUGGAGGUUGCUUCAACCUUGCUGAUGUUAUAUACUUCUUCAAGAAGGGGUGUGAGGCAGUUGCAGAAGAUGAAGUCACCCAGCGGUUCUCCUCUGAGGAACUGGUGUCCUGGAAUCUCCUCAGCAGAACCAAUGCUAACUUGCACCAUGUCAGCUGGCAACUGACUGUUGUGUGGGUCAUUGGGAUCCUAAUUCGGUAUUGCCUCCUGAUGCCCUUUCGCAUCUGCUUGGCUGUUUUCACCAUCCUCUUGCUAAUAUCAGCCACUACAUUAGUAGGACAGUUUCCUAAUGGGAGAGUUAAACACUGGCUGGCCAACCAGGUUCAGAUGAUAUGUGCCACAUUAGGUAUCCGAUGCCUGAAUGGCCUUGUUCAUUUCCACAACAGAGAAAACCGACCACAGGAAGGUGGCAUCUGUGUAGCCAACCACACAUCUCCAUUAGAUGUUCUAAUCCUGGCCAGUGAUGGAUGCUACUCCCUGGUUGGCCAGACACAUGGAGGGUUUUUGGGACUUAUUCAAAAAUCUUGCAUGCAAGCCACUCAGCACGUUUUGUUUGAACGCUCAGAAAUGAAAGACCGUCAUCUGGUGAGGAAAAAAAUUAGAGAACACAUUGCAGAUAAGGCCAAAUUACCCAUUUUAAUUUUUCCAGAAGGUACCUGCAUAAAUAACACAUCAGUAAUGAUGUUUAAGAAGGGAAGCUUUGAGGUAGGAGGAACCAUCCAUCCAGUAGCAAUCAAGUAUGACCCCCGCUUUGGAGAUGCAUUCUGGAACAGCACAAAGCAUUCCAUGAUGACCUAUAUUUUUAAUAUGCUUACCAGCUGGGCUAUUGUCUGUAAUGUGUGGUACCUGCCACCAAUGGUCAAAGAGGAAGAAGAAGAUGCUGUUUGCUUUGCCAACAGAGUCAAGGCUGUCAUUGCUGCUCGGGCAGGAAUGUCUGUUCUUCCUUGGGAUGGGGGGCUGAAAAGGAAAAAGGUCAAAGAGUCUUUCAAGGAAGAGCAACAGAAAAAAUACUGCCAGUUGGUAAUAGAAAAUGGAUCUGUGGGAAAUGGAAAUGUUUGUUAAAUGCUGUGCAAGCUACACAGCCAAGUUGCAUCACCAUCUGAGAGAAGCCUGCGGCUCUGUCUUCUUCAAGAGGACAAACUUCCUCUACUGUUUACCACUUAACAUGUCAUCCUUUCAGAUCGUUACCCAGUAGACCUUGCACCUUUAAUUGACUGGGUGGGGUCUUCUCCAAAUAAAAUAUGAGGGCCUUCUGGUAUGGCUAAUCAGUGUAGGGGAGACCUACACUGUAAAGCACAGCCUUGCUUUGUAACUUGAUGCUGCUUUCUGAUACCUACACAUUAAACACCUAAGUGAUGUUAACUGUUGCUGGAGUCCUUAAUUCUCUUGACUCCAAAUGUCUUUUCCUACAGCUAUGUCUUAUCUUCGGGAAUGUCUGAAAUGCUCUUCUCUCUACAACUUCUGCUGACCUGCUUUACGUUAUUGGGAGACCCCUCUUGACUCGCUGUUGUUUUAAGAUCCGUUUCAAUAAUUCUACAUCCAUGCAGGACGAGAAAUGUGAGCAGCAUGCCAUCUAGUGGCAUCUAGUUAGCGGUAGCGAUCUCUCCCUUGCUGAGUUAUCUAAUUCCGAGGAAUUAAUCUUUCAUUUCUCCUACUUUCCAGGAAAACAUGAAAACAUAGAAAUAACUCCGUAUAUCUCAAACACAGGAUCUUUGAUUAUCAGUCAUGGUGUACCACCAGCAAUGCAUGUACUUGUUCUAAGUUUCGUCACCCUGUGUUCAGUGUAUUUUCCCCAGGCUGCCUCUUAGCUAUGAUAAAUCUAAAUCAGAAAUGCUUCUGUCCUUCAGUUGCUUCAAAAUCAGUUAGGGAUCUAAUCUCUGACCUUCUACUUGUAUUUUAAAAUUCAGUAGAGCCAGCAAGCCUGAGAUGUUCCUGAGGGCAGUAUGGCGCUUCAUUUGCUGUCACGAGUUUCUUCAGUACCUCGAAACUAUUUGCUCCUGACCAGGGGCUGGGGACACUGUCAGAAGAAAACAUGUUUUCAGGAGAAUGAGGCAGAUGCUCUGAACUUGUAUUCUACCUACACAGAUUUCCUUAAGCUGUAGUAAGAACAGUGAGCAGUUAGAGCUGAAUUCCACAACCCAGCAUUUUAUGCAAACUCUUCCUUGUGCAGCCUGCCUUGAACAAAAGCAAGAAAAGCAGCCUUCAUCUGCUGUUUGUUUUUAACCUCAACGCACUCUAUGGAACAUGUUUUGGUUAUGUGUGCAGUUUGAGGCCUGAUUUCAAGUAAGCCAAUGGAGAUAGGUCACAGAUGCAUUACAAGUGGGACCUCCAGGUUUUUUAGCCUCUCUGUAGGAUUUGCUUUUGGCAAUGUUUGUGCUGAGGUGAAAUACCUAUUGCUCAGGUUCUUUUGAACAUUUUUCCCAGCUGUGGUGCAGAUUGUGGAGAUGGUCUGUGAGGCAUUCACAGGUGCAUUUGAUUUUGGAAAAGUAGGCUUAGAAAUUAGUGGACAUACAGUAGAGAAAGAGGCCUUCCUGGCUUAUUGCUAUUUUAUUGUUGCUGUACAGAUGGGAAGGAUCUUAACAUUUCUCCUCUCCCAUCCUCCUCCUCCUAUAUUUAUUAUUCUAUUUAACACUGGCUCUUCAAUUAGUGUACCAGACUCCUUUGUGAGUAGGGUUCAUUGUGAUCAAUUGUCAUCAAGGCUAGCAUUUAGUACAUCCAAUCAAUGAUGUUCUAUGUAAUGGUUGUGGUAUUGACUGAUUUUUAAUUUUACAGUAUGUUGAGCCCUGUUGAACUCUUUUAAUAUGAUAAUUGCUUUACUAAUCAGUAGUCAUGGUUUGUGUGCAACUGCAGAUCAUUGACAUCAGUUAAUAUCCCCUGAUACUCGUAUCUGACUAUACGAAAGAUGCAUGUGGUGAAAGACAUAUAAUAUCUACACAGUGGAUAUUAGAGUAAUAUUGGGGGAAAUACUGCAUCCUUGCAUAUCAGAAUUUUAAGAAAUAGGUUAAUAAGUAAUUUAUUAAGGUAUAUUUCUUUUUAUAUGGCAUAGCUAUUAAAUACUAUCUUCUAAGUUUAUACAAACAUCUAUUAAACAGCUUACUUUGUAACUACAUCAUAAGCGUUCAUUUGUUCAUACAUUAUAUACUGUGUUUAUCAAGGAUAUAAUCGAUUUAAACCAAAAAAAUGGUCAUCAGAUAUGGCUAUGGGCAGUUUUCUUUACUCAUAUAAUCUAUAACUUUACAUACAAUAUAAGUAUGUACACACAUUCAAUAAAAUAAACUGUAUAUUAUAUUUCAAAUAACCACUUUGUUUGUCAUGUUUUUUAAUAUCAUUUUAUAAA